UAUCAAGUAAUUUACUUAAUACUGAAGCAUUAAGUAAUUCUGAAGUGUCAAGUAAUUCUGAAGUAUCAAUAUCAAGUAAAUUGCCUAAUGCUAAAUCAUCAAGUAAUUUACUUGAUACCGAAGCAUCAAGUAAUUUAUUUGAUACUAAAGUAUCAAAUAAAUUGUCUAAUACUUUGGCAUCAAGUAAUUUACUUGAUGCCAAAGUAUCAAGUAAUUUAUUUGAUGCUAAAGUAUCAAAUAAAUUGUUUGAUGCUUCGGCAUCAAGUAAUUUACUUGAUACUAAAGUAUUAAAUAAAUUGUCUAAUGCUAAAGUAUUAAGUAAUAUAUUACUUGAUAAUAAAUUAUUGAAUAAUAUAUUACUUGAUGUUGAAGUAUCAAGUAAUCUAUUAUUAUUACAAUUAUUUCAUGAAACUUUACAAAGCUCUCUACCACUUGCUGAUACUGCUUUAAUUCUACAUAUUUGUUUAGAAGAUAUUAAUAAACAGUGUCAAAUAAAAAAAUCAUCAAAGAACAAUAUAUUAACAUAUGAUUCCUUACACUUAUUAAGUAUAAGCAGAUAUAUUCAAUUAUUAUUAGAUAGACAAGACAAGAUGAAUACUAGCCUCCAGAUUGUACAAACACUAUGGAAUAAAGAAAAACAUAAAAAAUCUAUAAGCCUGCUUGAUAAUGAGAAUUUUUUGAAAAAUGUCAAGAAUAGCUAUGGCAACAAACUUCUGAAUCAUGAUCUUCCGGAGCUCUAA